AUGGCCAAGCACGCCCAACCCACAUUGCCAUGUUUCCUCAAGCUCAAGGUCGAGCCGUCAGCUGCACCAGGCUCGGUGGUUGUGAAAACUGAGCCUGGGGGUGGCCCAGGCUCGGGGGCUAGCUCGGCUAGUUCGUUGGGCGGAAGCGGCCCCCUUUCGAGCGACAAGGCGAAGUACAACAAGUUCAACUACAGGCUCAAGCUGUGCGGCGACGAGUACAAGGAUUACUACAAGAAGCUUGUGAAAUCCAAGGACCAGGCGGCCAUCGAUACGUUCGUCACCGACUUGAUUGAAAUGGGCGCAAAUCUACCAAGCGAUUAUCUCGUUCGCAAGAGGAAGGUCGUGGAGGAGAAGGAGCACGACGACUUUGUCGAGUGGGUGCCCUGGGCGAAGGCCGCUGAGCGGGAGGGGCGCGAGUGUCUCCUGGAGAUGGUGCAAGCUGGUACUGUCUUGAGCCGCAAGAACCCCAAGCUGCCUGCAGACUCCAAGAUCGAGUUCCCCUUCAACCAGCAGGUCAAGCAGCAGAGGGAGGUCGAGCACAAGAAGAACAAGACGAUCGAUGAGAGGGAGAAUGCUACGCAUGAGGCAGUGACCAGCGACGGCAGCGAGGCGUUCCUGAAGGAGUUCACGCACGCGUCCAUCAAGGCCAACCCGGUUCUCAAAGAGGGCUCUGGAAAUCCGCCCACUACCGCGCCAGUGUCCGUGCUCUCUGGAGCCAGCGUGGCAGGGAGCGGGACCCAUCCGCCCGACGAUCCAAAGGUGAAAGUGGCCAUUCAAGCGAUUCGGAGAUCUCACAACGUUUGGGAUCGGUCUCUCCGCGAUUUCGCAGCACUCGUACAGAAAUCCAAGGAUCAUCCAAACACGCAAGGGUGCAAAUUCGAGAAGGAUCUCGAGUCGAUCUCCUCCCAGGGCGAUCUUAUCGACAAGAAGCUGGUCAGCUUGGAGCAGAAGUACAUGAACACAGGGACCCUCGACGACGACGAUAUCAAGCUGGGGGCCGAGCAGGUGAGUGCAAUUCAGGAUGUGGUCAAGCAGGGGAACAAGAGGGCAACCGCCCUGCGCCCCUGGUUCAAAGCAAAGCAGCACCUGACUUGUUCACAACCGUCCCGCUGGCAGUGCACGAAGACGCUGGGCAACUUGGUCAACAACGGCUGGGCUGUCUUACAUGGCCCCGCAAUCAAAGCAGCGAACACACGAAAGGCUUCAGGUUUCUUUGCGCAGCUGGCUGCGCAGUACCUUGGGCACGGCUCCGACUUCGACAAACAUAUAGUCUCGGCGGCGAGAUUACUGCACGAGUUCUACUCAAUCAUAUACGCAGCCCCUGUUUUCGUGAGUGAUCACGAUGUCGGUCGGCUGCGUUCUGUCUGCGUUGAUUUCGGCGAGGCUUUCAUGUGGCGCACGGCCAGCUCCCCGCGCGCCUGGCCGCUGUCUGCCCGGCGCGGCUCCAGCAGCUCCUCCGCGCCUGCCUCCGCGCGCGGCACGGGCCCCGGCAGCCUGGCCGCCGCGGCGAGGAGGGUCCUGCAGCAGCUCUGCACGGACCGCCUGGACUGGGACCCCCUGGCGGGCCCUGGGGAGCUCAAGGGCUUCAGCAUCUUCCAGUCCGUGGACUCGUGGGCCAAGGAGGAGCUGAUGCGUCUCGCGGAGCGCGACGUGCGGUGCCAGAGGGCCAUUGGUGCCAUGCUGGGCAUGGCCGCGGCGGACUCCGUGGGCGGGAGGCUGGAGUUCCUGCCCGUGGGGCACAAGGGCAGCCGCUUCGACCCCAAGACCGCCAAGGUGAUUGGCGAGUUCAACAAGUUCGGGCUCAAGCCCGGGCAGUGGACGGACGACACCUCGAUGGGUGCUGCCCGGGGGCUCGCCAUGCAGGAGGGGGUGCAGACGGCCUAG